GUAGAUUGGCAGCCGCAGCUCCCCUGGUAUUCAGUGGUUGUGGUUGCAGACACAUAUUGGGACGGAAAAAUUGAGAAUUAAAGAAAAGAGAAUUGAAACACAAUAAUGAGGUGUAUGUUGUUGAAUUGUAUGGAGUUUGUAGCUGCUUCAGUUCCCGCACGGCGGCUCUCCGUCUUGCCACCCACCAUAUCCACUCCAACACCACCCUUCAUUAUCUCACCUUCAUCAAUAAUCUCCACAAAUUACAACGCCAAUAGUCACCGCCACUGCCUCAAACGCAAUAAUAAAUAUAAAUUGGCACCAAGAAUUCACCCCGUGACCGACGUAAUUUCUACUGCAGCUGUUACAUCGGAAGCCGCCGCCGCCGCUCCGGUGGAGAUCACCUGGCAAAUCAUCGUCGGCGCUAUUGCUGGUGUUACACCCUUCAUAGUUGCCGGAAUCGAGUUCGGAAAGAGAAUUGUGGCACAGCGGAGAUGCACUACUUGUGGUGGCUCCAGCCUUAUUCUUAGAGAAGACGAUUAUUUUCGAUGCUCUACCUGCGGUGGAUUUUUGCCAUGGCAAUCUUGGAAAAGAUUCUUCACUGGUUGAAUUUUGAAAAUGGGUGCACUUCCAUCUUAUCAUCUUCUUCAAUCAUUACUCCCUUUUUACAGUUCAGAUGCGUAUAAUGAUGAUAUCUUAAUAAUGCUAUUCAAAAAUAUAAUGUAGAUUUUGUACUUGUUUGUGUAUGUCUUACUCAACAAAUUUCGACUCACUUUUUGGCUAUCUAUCUUUUAUUUCUACAAUAUUUUCUCA